AUGGAACAGUACAGCCGGCAAAGCAACAUCAAGAUAGAUGGUCAUCGCUGCUUCUUCAUGCGCCUGUCGUGUGCUGACCUGCUUGUGGAAGGCAUGUUCUUCGUGAAUGAGUUCCUGGAGAAGUUGAUGUUUGAUGAGCAGCAGUCUUGUCGUUCUGGGGGCUUCGGGGGCUUCCUGCCUGGCAUGAAGCAGAUUGGCAAUGUGGCGGCACUCCCUGGGAUAGUCGGGAAAUCUAUUGGUUUACCAGAUGUGCAUAGUGGGUACGGAUUUGCAAUUGGAAACAUGGCAGCCUUUGACAUGGCAGAUCCCAACUCUGUCAUUUCGCCAGGUGGGGUUGGCUUUGACAUAAACUGUGGAGUGCGACUCCUGCGGACCAACCUCACAGAGAAAGACGUGCUGCCAGUGAGGGAACAACUGGCUCAGAGCCUGUUUGAUCAUAUCCCUGUAGGCGUGGGAUCCAAGGGGAUCAUCCCAAUGAAUGCCAAAGACUUGGAGGAGUGUUUGGAGAUGGGAAUGGACUGGUCCCUAAGGGAAGGUUACAGCUGGGCUGAAGACAAGGAGCACUGUGAGGAGUACGGGCGCAUGUUGCAGGCGGACCCUUCCAAAGUCAGCCCUCGGGCAAAGAAAAGGGGCCUUCCACAGCUGGGCACACUGGGAGCUGGAAACCACUAUACGGAGAUUCAGGUGGUAGAUGAGAUAUUCGAUGAGUAUGCAGCCAAGAAGAUGGGAAUUGAGUUCAAGGGACAGAUCUGUGUGAUGAUCCACUGCGGCAGUAGAGGGCUCGGCCACCAGGUGGCAACAGAUUCCCUGGUUGUCAUGGAGAAAGUGAUGAAGCGUGACAACAUCCUCACGAACGACCGUCAGCUAGCCUGCGCAAAGAUUAACUCUCCAGAGGGUCAGGACUACCUCAAGGGCAUGGCGUCAGCCGCUAACUACGCCUGGGUCAAUAGGUCAAGUAUGACCUUCCUGGCAAGACAGGCAUUUGCAAAGAUGUUUGAAUCGACGCCAGAUGACCUUGACAUGCACAUCAUCUACGACGUGUCUCACAACAUCGCCAAAGUGGAAGAACAUUUCCUGGACGGCAAGCAAAAGACGCUCUUGGUUCACAGGAAGGGAUCUACACGGGCCUUCCCGCCACACCAUCCGCUCAUUCCUGUGGAUUAUCAGUUGACAGGUCAGCCUGUGUUGAUAGGCGGCACCAUGGGCACAUGCAGUUACGUUCUGACAGGAACGGAGCAAGGAAUGAACGAGACCUUUGGCACAACCUGUCAUGGGGCUGGUCGAGCAUUAUCGAGGGCCAAGUCGAGGCGUAACCUUGACUACAUGGAUGUGUUGAACGCUCUGGAGGAGAAGGGUAUCAGCAUCAGAGUGGCAUCACCAAAACUGGUCAUGGAAGAGGCUCCAGAGUCCUAUAAAAAUGUGACAGAUGUGGUGGACACAUGUCACAUAGCGGGCAUAAGUAAGAAGGCUAUAAAAUUACGACCUAUUGCUGUCAUCAAAGGGUGA